AUGGCUAUAAAAGUAUCAGGGAUAGCAGCGCGGCGCAGCAGUCGCGCUUUCGAGUCAACGCGGCUUGUCAAUUGGAUCGGCGUUAAUCAGGUGGUUUGGAAUUGGAUGUUUGCGAGGAGAAACGCGUCCAAGACUCCAAGUGUUGAAAUCGAAACUGGUUAAUAACAUCCUCUCCGGACGCCAAGAUAGCUCCAAGUCGCUGAUUAAUGACAAUUCAAAGAUGUACUUGUCACGGCUGAGUCUCUGCGUAAUUUUUGUUUUGCUCUGCUCGCUCGAGUCCAGGGCAAACUUAAAUGACGACGCACCCCUAACCAAACUCGGCUCCAAAACGGGUCCGUCGCUCAAGUUUUUCUACUGUUAUUCUUGCGGAUAUAGGAAAGUAUUCGAAGACUAUGUAAACAUUCUGCGACAGAAGUAUCCAGAACUGCAAAUUGAUGGGGAAAACUACAAUCCCCCUGGAGCAAACAUGAUGCUUGCAAAGGGUUUGGGAAUAGCCAAGAUUCUAGUCAUAGUUUUAAUAUUCAGCAAAAUAAAUAUAUUCCAAUGGAUUGGUCAGCCUCAGCCAUUUUGGUGGCAAUGGUGUAUGGACAACCGUUUGUACUCUUGUGUGAUGCUGUUUUUCGCAUGCAACGCUGCAGAAGGAUAUUUAAUAUCCUCUGGUGCAUUUGAAAUACAUUUUAAUGAUGUUCCCAUAUGGUCCAAACUUGAAACUGGAAGAAUACCUCAACCUCCUGAAUUGUUUCAGAUCAUUGAUACUCACAUGCAAAUGAUAUUCCCAGAGAUGGAAGCUGGAAAGAUUGGUCUCAAUAAGUAGGCUAAUGAUGAUUUUUCUUUUCUUUCUUAAAUAAGCAGUUUUUUUUCUUCUUAAAGUAACAAUGGAAUCUGUAAAGUGAUUUUGCAUAUUUAAAAACCAAACUGCGGAUAAGUGAAAAUUCUGAGACAAACUUAACAAGCGUAUAUUGAUCUAUUAGAUCAGUAUUAAGAAUAUGAGAAUAAUGUCUCAAAAUUCAGUCUUUUUAUAUCCUAGAAUUGUAGAAUAUGUAUAUUGACUAAAGAAUUAUGUUUGUGUAAAUAACGUAAGACACACCAAAGGAUACGUAACAAAUUACAUCACUUUCAGAAUUAUUGCUCCAUUUUUUAUCUUGAGAAAAAUUGAGCAUUAAACAAUAGAAAUGCUAUUAAAAAAAUACUCAAAUUUAUUCCAAUCAUGUGCAUUUCUCAUGUCAUUACGUUUGUUGCAUUUUUUUAUUUUUGUUUUUUACCAUAUCUUAAGCUCUAAUAAAACUGAAUUGUCAAACACUGUGGACUACCUAAGUACAAGUAAAAACAAUUCACAAGCUAUACCUAUACUAAAGUUGUAAUUUGGAAGUAUCAUUUUGUCUGUAUUAUUUCUGUAAUCAAGUAACUUUCUUAAACUUCAUUUCACAUUGUAAAUUGUUGCAAAUAAAAUAAAUUAAUACAUAAAGAA